ACAAUUUAUCAGGCGAGAUCCCAGAGGAGAUCACAGGAAUGCGGAUCUUGAACUACCUUAACCUCUCCAGGAACCACCUCGACGGCGGCAUCCCCGCAUCCAUCUCCUCAAUGCAGAGCCUCACAGGCGUUGAUUUCUCCUACAAUAACCUCUCCGGUCUGGUUCCAGGGACCGGCCAAUUCAGCUACUUCAAUUCCUCAUCCUUCCUUGGAAACCCAGAACUUUGCGGCCCUUACCUUGGUCCCUGUCGUUCUACUAACACUAACAAGUCAGGCCACACUCACGGACCUUUCUCCUACUCAUUAAAGCUCAUUCUUGUCAUCGUUCUCCUCCUCUGCUCCAUUGCAUUUGCCAUUAUUGCCAUAAUCAAAGCGCGCUCUUUGAAGAAAGCCAGUGAAGCCCGUGCCUGGAAGCUCACCGCUUUUCAGCGCCUGGACUUCACCUGCGACGAUGUGCUUGAUUGUCUAAAGGAGGAGAACAUAAUCGGCAAAGGUGGUGCCGGCAUUGUGUACAAAGGGAGCAUGCCCAAUGGCGAACAGGUGGCAGUGAAACGAUUGCCUGCUAUGAACAGAGGCUCAUCUCAUGACCAUGGCUUCUCCGCCGAGAUCCAGACCCUUGGUAGAAUUCGGCACCGGCAUAUUGUAAGGCUGCUUGGUUUUUGCUCCAACCACGAAACAAAUUUGCUUGUCUACGAAUAUAUGCCUAAUGGGAGCCUCGGGGAAGUUCUCCAUGGGAAGAAAGGUGGCCACUUGCAUUGGGAUCUCCGGUAUAAGAUUGCCAUUGAAGCAGCAAAAGGGCUCUGUUAUCUUCAUCAUGAUUGCUCUCCUCUGAUUGUUCACCGCGACGUGAAGUCCAACAACAUUCUCCUUGAUACCAACUAUGAAGCUCACGUAGCUGACUUUGGACUUGCCAAGUUCCUGCAGGAUUCCGGUGCUUCUGAAUGCAUGUCUGCCAUUGCUGGUUCUUAUGGAUAUAUAGCUCCAGAAUACGCGUACACCCUGAAGGUGGAUGAGAAGAGUGACGUUUACAGCUUUGGCGUGGUGCUGCUGGAGCUCGUGACCGGAAGAAAACCUGUGGGUGAAUUCGGCGACGGCGUCGAUAUCGUCCAAUGGGUUCGCAAGAUGACGGAUUCAAGCAAGGAAGGAGCUACCAAAAUUCUAGAUCCGAGGCUUCCUACUAUUCCUGUUCAUGAAGCAAUGCACGUGUUCUACGUCGCAAUGCUCUGUGUCGAAGAACAGAGCGUCGAGCGUCCGACGAUGAGGGAGGUGGUCCAGAUCCUUGCGGAUCUGCCAAAGCCACUGGCGAAGGCCGAGGAGGAGACAGUGAAAGGUUCCUCCGGACGGCUGCCUGCUUCGGAGGCUACUGACGAUGCUAAAGAAGUGGAGGGGGUGCAUUCAUCUCCACCUGAUCUGCUGAGCAUUUAACACAGACUUGGCGUGAGAAGGAUGUUGGUUUUGGUAGGUAAGUCCUCUCUGGUGCUUUUGCAAUUCAAGUUCAAUUCAGGGUGUAUUUUGGAUUUAUCUACAGGGAAGAAUUUGCUGGGUUUUAUUGGGUGCUAGAAAUGGAUGAAAUAGUGUGCUUGUAGUAGGUUUUUUUUUUAUUAAUUCCCUUUUUUUGUACUUCUGUUGCUGCAUUAAUUAUGCGGCUUUUUUGUUUUGUUUAUCAAUGGAAGGUUGUU